GAAUUAAAUUUACACUUUUCUUUUGUAUUUUGGCGGAGUAGAUAUUAGUAAAAUUGUAUGACCCGCUAUAGAAACAACAUAAUGUCAGUUUUAUUUUUGAAUCUGUGUUUAGCUAUCUUCGUUAACAUUGGCGCAAAACCGCUCGAAAGGUCGCAGCUAUGUACAGAAACCCUUCCGUUCCCCCACCCCACUGACUGCGCGAAAUUUCAAGUUUGCGCCCCAUGGGGUGCACAGGUAAUGGACUGUGCACCAGGAACCCACUUCAGCCCUCAAAUACACGUUUGUGUCCAUGCUUCGAAUUCUGGAUGUGCUACAUCCCCAACAACUUCAUCACCAUCAACCACUCCGAAAUGCACGGAAACUCUACCAUUCCCUCAUCCCACAGAUUGCUCGAAAUUCCAAAUUUGCGCUCCUUGGGGUCCACAAGUGAUGGAUUGCGCACCAGGAACCCACUUCAGCCCUCAAAUACACGUUUGUACCAGACCAGAACAAGCAGGAUGUGCUACACAUACGACCACUGUCCCAAAUAUAGUCUCAACAACUAGUGAAAGUCCUGCACAAACAAAAGAAAACGAAUCAGCUAACCAAUCGACAGAAAUAACCAAAGCACCGUCGGAAGAAGGAACUGAAGAAUCGAACGCCGCAACUGCACAACCAGAAGAAAUAACCGGAGCACCAGAAGAGGUAGAAGAGGUGACUGAAGAUUCAACUGAAUUACCUGAAGAACAUGAAGAGGUAACUCAUGAAGCAGAAGAAGAAGGAUCAGGAAACGAAGACACAUCAACUGGAGAGUCGGAAGGUGAAUCAACCAAAUUGCCUGAAGAACCAGAAGCGAUAACAGAAGCAAAAACUGUGUCGUCUGAAACUCCAACGGAGCCUUCUAGAACCACCACAGAAGAACCGACUGUUGAAACAGAAAAACCAAUAAUUGAUAACGUCACUCACGCCGUUACAGAAGUGCCAAAUAUCUCUACAACAGUGAUAGUUAAUGAAACUGUGAUAUCUAAUACUACAACUUCGGAAGCACAAACAACAAGGGUCAGCAGUACAGAAACUGAAGCACCUGAAACAAAAAGACCUCUGCCUUCCACUGCAGCCCCUACCGCAGUUCCUACUGAAGCCUCUACCGCUGCCUCAACCACAGCCCCUACCGCAGCUCCAACCGCUGCCUCAACCGCAGCCCCUACCGCAGCUCCAACCGUAGCCUCUACCACAGCCUCUACCGCAGCCCCUACCACAGCCCCUACCGCAGCCCCUACCGCAGCACCUACCGCAGCACCUACCGCAGCCCCUACCGUAGCACCUACCGCAGCCUCUACCGCAGCCCCUACCGCAGCACCUACCGCAGCCUCUACCGCAGCCCCUACCGCAGCCCCUACCGCAGCACCUACCACAGCCCCUACCGCAGCCCCUACCGCAGCCCCUACCGCAGCCCCUACCGCAGCCCCUACCGCAGCCCCUACCGCAGCCCCUACCGCAGCCCCUACCACAGCCCCUACAAUUCCUCCAGUACCAGUUCCAGUGACAGAAACACCAGAAUCAAUUUGCUCCAACAACUUAUCAAGUACUAGACUUCACCCCCACCCCAGCGAUUGCACUAAAUUCGUGGGAUGCUACAAGGGAAUACCAAUGAUCAUGGAUUGUAGAGUGGAUGCAAUGUAUUUCCAUCCAGAAUAUCUGUAUUGUGUCAAUGAUCCUAGUGUGUGCCGAAGCUGAUUGAAAAAAUCAGUGUGAAUAUGUUCAGACUUCUUCAGAGAACAUUGGACGGUGUCAGCACUAUUAUUUUGAGAGUAUUAUAAAUUAUUGUACAUGUGCGAAAUGUUUUCCGAAUAAAAAUAAAAUGAUAUAUAU